AUGGACGAAUGGUGGCACAACUCAUUUAUCUACGAGCUGUAUAUUCGAAGUUUCAAGGACAGUAACGGUGAUGGUGUUGGCGAUUUAAAUGGAGUUACAAGUAAAUUGGAAUACAUAAAAGAUCUAGGAAUUUCAACGGUAUGGAUAACUCCAUUUUAUAAAAGUCCAAUGAUUGAUUUUGGAUACGAUAUUACUGAUUUUAAAAGUAUUGAUCCACUGUUUGGUAAUUUUAAUGAUUUUGACAAACUUAUUAGAAGAGCAAAAUCACUGAAUAUUAAAAUAUUGCUUGACUUUGUGCCGAAUCACACAUCUGAUCAGCAUCCUUGGUUUGUUAAAAGUAUUAAAAGAAUAAAACCAUAUGAUGAUUAUUACGUUUGGUUUGAUGGAAAAAUAGUCAAUGGAACAAGACAGCCACCAACCAAUUGGCUAAGCCUUUUUCAUGGUUCAGCAUGGACUUGGAAUGAUCAACGACAACAAUAUUACUACCGUACAUUUACACCAUCACAACCAGAUUUAAAUUUUCGUAACCCACGAGUAAAUAAUGAAAUGAAAAGAAUUCUACGAUUUUGGCUUAAAAAAGGAGUCGAUGGUUUUCGAGUUGAUACGAUUCCCAGUCUUGUUGAAGGAAAUCCAAAUGAAGAGUUUCCAUUGAAAGAUCAGAAAAAAAAAACAAAUUUAAUAACGAUACCAGAUGAUGUUCAUUCUACUCAAGAGUCAACUUACACGUAUGAUCCAACUGGUUCUUAUAAAAUUUGUCAAAGCUGGAGUCACAUACUUGAAGAGUACAAAAAUUCAAAAAAAUGUCUUUUUUUAGAAGUUUAUUUUCCACCAGAAGAACUUGAAAAAACAAUUAAAUACUAUAAUUAUGGAGCAGAUAUACCAAUGAAUGUUAUUUUAUUAGAAUUUUCAAAUAAAAAUUCAUCAAUUAGUGAAUUAAUAAAUCUCAUUGAUCCUUACAUUAAAGCAAUUCCAAAAGGUAAAUCACCAAAUUGGGUUUACAGUAAUCAUGAUCGCUCUCGUGUUGCAACAAAAUUUGGACGUGAUAGAGCUGAUCAGAUGAUCAUGUUGACAACAGUAUUGCCUGGUAUUGUUGUUGUUUAUCAAGGAGAUGAAAUUGGUAUGGAGGAUCGUCCAACAACAUGGGAAGAAACAAUAGAUCCACCUGGCUGUAAUAUUGGUCCCAAUAGAUAUUUUAGAGCAUCAAGAGAUCCAUUCCGCACUCCGUUCCAAUGGGAUGAUACAACUAGUGCUGGUUUCUCGACAAAUAGUAAAACUUGGCUACCAGUACAUGAAAAUUAUAAAACAUUAAAUCUUGCUGCACAAAAAUUAGCACGAAAUUCACACUAUCAUAUUUUUAAAAAAGUUGUUGCGUUAAAAAAAAUACAUGCUAUUCGUGAGGGUAAAAUAAAAUUUAUAAAUGUUAAUGAAAAAGUGCUAAUUGUCAUUCGGUAUCAAGAUGAAAAUUUUAGAGUCGAGAGUUUGGACAAAGAUGAUUUGAUCGUUUUAUUAAUUAAUUUUACUGAUGCUCCGAUUAAUAUUAAUUUGGCUGAUCAUUUAAAUGUUGACAAUUUCAUAAUGACUGUCUACGUUGCCAGUCUUACAUCACACAUAGAAGCUGGUGCUGAAAUUCAAGCUGAUAAUAUUUUUCUACCAUCUGCUGCUUCAGUUAUACUGACAAAUUGA